GCGGCUGCGAGCGGCGGAGUUUGGCCCUCGGCGGCCGCCGUCCCCAGCCGAGGUGCGGAAGCACAGGGCCCUUCCGGCGGCGGCGAUGGCUCCGGACCCCUGGCUCUCGCUGUACGAUGCCGCUUGUCAGAUCGCCCAGGAGACCGCGGAGAGAAUCCAAGAGCGUAACCGGUACCAGAGGAACGGGGAGAGCUCUGCCAAGCUCAACGUGGUGAUCAGGUCCUCGCUGCAGACCCUCAGGGAGAAGAUCGAGCAGCUGAAGGACUUGCUGCUGAGGGCUGUGUCAACACGCCAGAUCACGCAGCUGGAGGGAGACAGGAGGCAGAGUUUGGUGGAUGACCUCCUCACACGCCAGAAGCAGCUGCAGGCAUCCUACCAGAACGAAGGCACAGAACCAGAUGUCACAAGAUCUAGCCUGAUGGCUGGAGGGGUCAAACGAGGUGUCACCAACCCCUGGCUCUUGGAAGAACCCGAGGAAACCCGAGGGCUUGGCUUUGCCGACCUGAGGCAGCAGCAGCGGAGGAUCAUAGAAGAGCAAGAUGCUGGACUCGAUGCUCUUUCUUCCAUCAUAUCCCGGCAGAAACAGAUGGGACAGGAGAUUGGGAAUGAGCUGGAUGAACAGAAUGAGAUCAUCGACGACCUGACCAGCCUGGUGGAGAACACGGACGACAAGCUCCGCAGCCAGACGCGCCACGUCAAGCUGGUGGAGAAGAAGUCAACCUCCUGCGGAAUGCUGGUGGUGAUCGUGCUGCUGCUGAUCGCCAUCGCCGUGGUCGCUCUCUGGCCAACAAGCUAACGUGGAUUUGGAGCACGCUGGAGCUGCUGCUCAGCAGCUGAGUGUAGAGGACCUUGGAAGAGACCAUGUGUGCAGAGACCUGCUUGUCUUUUCAAUAAACUCAACAGCAGUGGAAUGAAGCUGUGUGCCACAGGCAGCUGAUCUUCCUUGGGCACGCAGCUGUGCAGCGCUGCCUGCUUUGGAACCUUUGAACACAGCAAGGACUCUUCUCACCUGCCUUUGGCAUGGGGAGGCUGCAGAUGGCUGUGAAAGAGAUGGACCCCUUGGUGCCUCUGCAUCUCAGCUCCUGCUGCUGUCAAGGAGCUGCCUGACCAGUCCUCCUGAGGCCUUUGAAACACCAAGGUGUGGUUUGGGAGGACAGCAGCAGCUCCCCUGCUCUCUUCAGACUGCAAACACUCACACGUGUCAAGGGAUGGAUGUCAGGGGGGAUGGCUGGAUCUGGAUGCUGGCAAGACAGGAGGUGAGCACACAUGUUGCCCUAAUGGGAGGCACAGGACCCCUGGGAGCUGUACAGAAGCACUGGUGAGUGAGCCAGUCCUGGGCCACUGGGAGAGCUCUUGACCUCCAUGAGUAGACAUGGAGACAUCAACAGGUCUUGAACCAGGUGUGUGAGAUUGGAAAACCUUGUCCAGCGCUGCUCAUGAGUGGCAUGUGCUCUCUGCAUGUUCUCCAUGAGCUCUGCUGUGCUCUCCAGGAGUUCUGCUCUGCUCUGUAUGAGCUCUGCUGUGCUCUUCAGGAGCUCUCCAAGGGCUCUGUUGUGCUCUCCAGGAACUCUCCAUGCGCUCUGUUCUGCUCUCCUCUCCAAGAGCUCUCCAUGAGCUCUGCCGUGCUCUCUGUGAGCUCUCCAGGAGCUCUGCUGUGCUCUGAGCUCUGUUCUGCUCUCUAGGAGCUCUCCAAGAGCUCUGUUCUGCUCCCCUCUCCAAGAGCUCUCCAGGAGCUCUGCCAUGCUCUGUAUGAGCUCUGCUCUGCUCUCCAGGAGCUCUCAAUGAGCUCUUCUGUGCUCUCCACGUGCUCCCCAUGAGCUCUGCCAUGCUCUGCCAGGCUGACCAGGGGAGAUGUGCUGACCUUCAUGUGCUAAUCUGGGUGACUGAGCUCUGCCUCUUCCUGUUAUGACUCUUCAACUGCUGUUAACACCGUGAGGAAGGAUCACCCCUUGACCAACUCAUCAAAGAGAGGACCACCCCUUGACAAACUCAAACUCAUCAAAAAGAGGACCACCCCUUGACAAGCUGAUCAAAAAGAGCUAUCAGAUGUUCUCUUCAACCUUCACUGGCCAAGAAACUGCUCAUUGUGUUACCUGUGCCAGGGUGAUGUCAGAACUGGCAGAGCAAGCAAUAAAUACCCAAUAAAAGCUGAUCCAUUUCUACAGA